GCAAGCUUGGAGGAGCAAAGAGACUAGCAAGGCUGGAACAGAAACUGGAGAUGAGGUCAGAUAGGCCACUCGAGAAGAUCACAUUGGAAUUUAGUCCAAGUGAAACGAAUGAGUCGAGUGGUUGUCUGGUCUCGUCUCAGAAACCAGUAGCCCUUGUAGCAUGGCUGACCAACUGACUGAAGAACAGAUUGCAGAGUUCAAAGAAGCUUUCUCACUAUUGGACAAGGAUGGGGAUGGAACAAUAACAUCAAAGGAGCUGGGGGCAGUGAUGAGGUCCCUGAGGAAGAACCCCACAGAAGCAGAGCUGCAGGGCAUGAUCAAUGAAGUAGAUGUGGAUGGUAAUGGCACAGUUGACUUCCCUGAAUUUCUGAGAAUGAUGGCAAGAAAACUGAAAGACACAGACAGUGAAGAAGAAUUUAGAGAAGCAUUCUGUGUGUUUGAUAAGGAUGGCAAUGGCUAUAUUAGUGCAGCAGAUCUUUGCCAUGUGAUGACAAACCUUGAAGAGAAGUUAACAGAUGAAGAGGUUGAUGAAAUGGUCAGGGAAGCAGACAUUGAAGGGGACGGUCAGGUAAACUAUGAAGAGUUUGUACAAAUGAUGACAAUGAAGUCAAGACAAUGUACAGAAUGUACAUUAUCAAAACGAUAAUCCAUCAUGAUCAAGUAGGCUUUAUCCCAGGGAUGCAGGGAUGGUAUAAC